GCAUAACUCAACUCUUCACCUCGGCUACAAGUUCCUACGACGCCUUUGCGACGGGUUCGGUCUAUUUUGCUCGGACCGUCGACUACGUUUAACGUUUGAGACAGGUCGUGAUGGCAGCGUCGGCCCUUCAAGACACAGUGCAUGAGCUGCGUUCGCGCUUGGACCUCUUUGAAGCCAACCGGCCGGCGUUUCGUGAUUCGUCAUGUGUGUUGUGGUCCACGGAUCAUGGGAGGAAGGACUGGAGGGGCAGAUGACCGUGUGAUUGAAAGGAAACAACGAGAUGAUAGUGCAAUUUCGAUCUGAUUUUUGAGUCAUAUGCUGCCGAUGGCGACCAACAAAGCAGCGAGGGUAGGAGAUGUCGACGUUUGAGGACAUAUGCCCAUUGUAGCGUGCCUUGAGAGCCUAUACAUCUGCUCGAUCUGCUGCCAUCUUUGACGGAUGAAUGAACGUUAGAUACGUGUGCUCUGAAGCAGUGCAGCCGAUAUACAUAGUUGUUUGUCUCACUUCCUCUUCAAACUGUACUACUUGCACCGCCGGGGCGCUAAUGAAAGGUCUCCGCAAGUCUCUCAACGGACACAAGGAUGGUGGCGUGCGGGCUCAAAUAUCGACCCCCGUGCCCCUCCCCUCGGUUUCGCGACCCCCUGCCGCCAUCAUGCCGCCUCAGAAAGUGAUUCGUGCUAUGAGCGGCUACCGACCCCAGGCACCUCAAGAGCUCCCUUUCCAAAAGGGCGACUUCUUUCACGUCCUGCGCGAUGAAGAGCAGGGGUCCUACUAUGAGGCGCAUAACCCCAUCUCCGGCGCACGAGGACUAGUUCCCAAAGCCCUGUUCGAGGAAUUUAACAAGGAUUCGGCAGCUACGCGCAACGUCAGUGCCCCUGGUCAGCGGGCCACCAUAGGUCGGCCGCCAAGCCAAGCCAAACCGCCACUCAAAUCCCAGGUCUUUUACGCUAUCGUUCAGCACGAUUUCUUCGCUGAGAGGGCAGACGAACUCGAGGCUAAGCGGGGAGAUGCGAUUACCGUCGUUGCGCAGUCAAAUCGGGAGUGGUUCGUGGCUAAACCAAUCGGACGGAUUGGACGGCCUGGUCUGAUCCCGGUGUCGUUUGUGGAGAUCCACGAUCCGUCGACGGGUCAGGCCAUCCAAGAUGUGAACUCGCUGAUGGACCGUGGUGACUUGCCAAAGGUGGAGGAUUGGAAAAAGGCGAUGUUCAAUUACAAGCAGAACAGCAUCGCGCUGGGGGUCGUCGAUGCCCCGCCUUCCUCAUCAUCCCCACGAGACUCUGCCCCGAGCAGUCCUUACUUGACGCAGAAAACGCAGAUCGCACCCAUAUCCUCAGAAGCCACCAUCGCCCCACCAGCAUCCGAGCUGAUGGACCCUUCCUCCACUGAAACAGCAGACAUACAACCGGAAGGACUACUGCUGUCCGCUAACGUGGUUUCUUUCCAUUUCGAGAUGGAAGAGUACUGGUUCCGCAUCGACGCCGUUUACCAGCCAUAUGCUGCCCCUGGUCGGGCACUCCCAUCUGCCAAAUCACUCAUCCUGUUUCGCGUCUAUAACGACUUUUACGAUUUCCAAGUCUCUCUCUUGAACGAAUUUCCUCGCGAAGCCGGGCGGAAUCCACCGCACCCUCGAAUUCUCCCAUUCAUGCCGGGCCCAGCUGAGGACGUCGACGAUGCACUGACUGCAACGCGGCGAGCAGAGCUGGACGAGUAUGUUAUCGGUUUGCGGGAUUUGAGCUCUGUGGGCGGCAGGUACGUUCUAGAGCAUUCCAUUGUGCGAGAGUUCCUCGCCAUCAAGCCCGGAGACAUGGAGACUGCGUUGCCGCCCCGAGUUGACGAACUCGAAGCAAUCUUAGCUGCUGGGGAAGACGGCGACGAUGAGUUGCAGGACUCUUUGGGAAGACUGCGGGUGGAUGAAAGGCAGACUGUGCACAGUGAUGGCUCGGAUUACGAGGACGACAACUUCGGACAGAACCCGUACGGUCAACUGAGCGGCAGGCGGACCCCCGACAGCAGUCUGCGAGUUCAGGCGAUGACCAACAAUCACCGGCGAACAGGCUCGAACUCAUCUCAGAACCAGCCUUACGGGCGAUCGGACUCUAUAUCACCACCUCCGACUCGAUGGGCCGAAGCAUCGAACAACAACCGGCCAGUGAUGCCGACGUCUCCAUCUUCUUCAUCUCUACACUCUAAUUCCAUGUCAUCACGCUCCCGGUCAGGCUCCGUUGCCAACGCGAAUUCGCCGUCGAUAUCAGCCGCUAAUCCCCAAACCGCAUUUGUGAAGAUCAAAAUAUUCGACCGCGUGGCGGACGAUCUCAUUGCUAUUCGAGUGCAUCCACGCGUCACGCAUAUGGAGCUCAUGGACAAGGUCCAGCAUCGGUUGGGCGGCGAGGUUGCCCAGCUCAAAUACCGACAAAGCUUGAGCAACGAGCUGGUCGAGCUGGGCAACGACCAGCAACUGCGUGCUUGGAUAGACGGCACGGACAAACAUGUGUUGUAUGCCGAGUAGUUCAGGCUGGGACUCUUGGAUUUCAUAACUAUUUCGUUCUCUCAUCUAGCCUUUGAGUCUUUAUCCAUUGCCGCAUGUAAUAGUAAUGUUGCUUAUAUUCUGCGAUCUGGUACACUUAGUUAGUUUGUAUCCUUUACACGACUUAGAACCACAGUCAUUCAUCUGUAUGUAUCUCACCUUGCAUCUGCAAGAUGCGCUCGCCGCUGCAGGACCCCAAACAGGCAUCAACACCGUCAUCAUUGCUUCCCUUCUCCUUCCAUGCCGUCGUUGCAGCGAUAUUUGCGGAGCAUCUACCGCGUCGGGUUCCGGGAGUGGUGGAGACAGCUGAAUUAUAUUGGCGACGCCAAGUCCGGACGUUUCGUCGGAGCGGACCAGUUCGGGAACAAGUACUACGAGAACUACAAUGCUGAGGAAGAGGUUCCUGGUCGGCAGCGAUGGGUAGACUUUGCUCAGCAUCACUACCACGCCUCCCAAGUCCCACCUGAGUGGCACUCGUGGAUCUCGCAUAUCCGCAAGGACGCGCCGACGCAGGACGCGGUCAUGAUCUCGUCGGCUCAGCCAUGGCAGCAACCUUGGACGGAGAACCUCACUGGAACCCGAGGAGCAUAUAAACCCUACAACACUGUUGCUCCGAAAAUCAACGCAUGGGAACCCACGGUCACUCCGAGAGCAUGAUAUUGCAGUCAUUAUGUACAAUGCGGAGAGCCGUCACCGAAUACUAGAUGUGUCGAGCCCGAGGGAGUGCUCAACGACGUGCUCGGCAAUGGCAAGCGAGGAGGUCAGCCCUGGGCUCUCGAUGCCCAACAAACUAACCAGUGGGCCUCCUCUGGCAAAGUCCGUUCGGAUUACGAAGUCUUGAAACCCGCCAGUCGGUCCUGCGAGCUUUGGUCGAAACCCGACGUAGUCUGGCUGCAGACCAUCGAGGAUGACUUUCGGAAGAUAUCGCGUCACGGCUUGAUGCAUCUCUUGCAGCUGGAUGUUGUUUGCUGUGAGAUGUUGUGACCAGAAGUCGGGACCUUCGCCGUCUUGUGGCGAUAACCACUCCAGGUCAGGCCCGAAUCUCACGUUUCCUUGUAGGUCGAGUGUGAGAUGUGUCCCCAGAGAUUGGAAGCCAUGAGAGCUGCCUUGCGUCUCCGGGCAGGGAUAGAUCAAGUGUGAGAUUCCGGUCACGCCUGGACCGCGGUAUUUCGCGUAAGAUCCUUUUGCAAAGUACAUCUUCAACCGUUCCGAUGGUGGAAGCAGUGUGUUCGUUAUCAGCGGAGCGGAGAGGCCUGCGGCGUUCACCAGCGUCUUCACGAACAGCGAGUCGCUCGAGUCGCCGGUGAUGACCUGUACCACCCAGCCGCAUCUGUCUUCGUCCCUGUCCACGCGAACGACGUCGGACGAGUACGCCAGAUCGCCGCCGGACUCUGUAAUGUCUUUCUCGAGACUGCCCAUGAAGGCGUGCGAAUCAAUGAUCCCCGUUUCCGGGGACCAGAGCGCACCGGAUAUCGAAUCUGAGAGAUUGGGUUCCAUCUCACGCGCCUGGUCGCCAGAUAUGAGUGCCGUGGGAACGGCCGGCGCGUCCGGCUUCGCGGAGCGAGAGUCGGAAGGCCAGUGGCGGAGGCUCAGGGCCUUUUCGUGCAGCGCGGCGAUGUAAGGCUGCUGCGCUUUCGUUGCAACGACCAGCUUGCCCAGUUUCCGGUGCGGGACGUUGUGUGCGUCGCAGUAUGCGUAGAGCAGCUCGCGGCCCCGGAUGCAGAGACGCGUUUUGAGCGAGUGGGGUGGAUAGUACAGGCCUGCGAUCGCUUGAGCUGCGAAAAGACGUGGAAUAUUCAGCAGGCACGCGCACCCGAGUGGAUGACUUCGGAGUUGCGCGAACUAAUCGAGGGGAUGAAUAUUCACUAGAAAACCACGAGCGGAACGCGCUCACCUGGUCUCUUCGCCCUGUCCAAUUCAAUUGAGGGGAGAUGGAGUAGGUUGAAAGCUUACUGCAACAGGAUGACGCUCUACCACUAUCGUCGACUUGUCAGGGAACUUUUGGCAGAGUUCGCGUCCAAUGGCUAGUCCGACCACCCCUGCGAGCUGAUGAGCUUGAACACCGCGAGAGCGGAUGAGUUUCAUACCAGCCCCCACAACGAGAAAGUCUACAGCGGAUUCCGGUGCCUUGAAUGCAUGCUUGUGGUUGAGGCUGGAUAUGAUCGCGCGAACGGACAUCGGGUGGCUGUGAGAUUAGCCAUCAGCAUCAGAACAGGCCGCAGUCAGGGCUUCGACCCGUUGUCCUUCCAUUGUCUCUACUCGACAAACCUUGGACUAGCUUGGCUGCCGACCCGCCUGACAAAGAGCAUCCGUAAUCCGACACUCGCGACCGUUGGUCGCAGCUACAGUACCAGAUACCCGCGGUCACGGACACCGCCAAUGCAGGAUACUAUAGUCUGAGCGAUCAACCCUUGCAGGGCAAAGGCUCAGCGGUCUAUGCCAGUAAGCUUGCAUGAGAAUGCAUCAGUCGUACGUCGGGUCUGCAGUCCCUUGCAUCUUUGCGAAGCACGAUUUGAUAUUUCUGAAGCUUAUCGUACUCCGGCUGUGCUCGCGGGGGCUCUGGGCAUCUCGCCUGAGCAUCCCUUAUCCCAGUUCCUCUCGUUUUUUGGCUGUCAAGUGAUGUCUGGGCCGCCACACACCGCAUGACUUCGAACAGGCAGUCCUUUGAUUUCGGCGGCGCGGACGAUCACAGACCCGACGAGCGCAUGUUCUUAUGACAAGCUCGUGGGGAAGCUUCCGCCAUGGACAGAUCUUCUAUCCCAAUGCAUACCAUUCGGCGACGAAUCUGGAUGUUUCGGCACAGGGACACGCUUAUCCGUUGCACAUCAACGUCGGGAUGGGACGGGCGGUGGAUAUAAAAUGGCCUGCAGGUCGCACGGAUUGAUAGUAUCCAGCACUCGCAGAGUACGCUCGGAGACCCUCCCCCUUCCACUCCAGGCAUGCGUCUCUCUCUGGUCUUUGCACACCUUGCGGCGGUCAUCGCGCUCUCUGGGGCGAACCCGUUGUUCUCCCGGGCAAAUCUGGUCGUGCAUGACAGCGUGAAACAGGUGCCGGCGGAUUGGGCGAAGCACCCCAGCGCAGUCCCGGCCACCAAGCCACUCACCCUGCGUAUUGCAUUGGCAAGCUCGGACCGUGCCGGCCUGGAGAAGCUGACUUACUCUGUGUCCAAUCCCUCGAGUGCAUCUUACGGGCAGCAUUUGACUCCCGCAGAGAUCGCUGAGUACGUGAAACCGACCUCAGAGACGCUGGCCACAGUCGAUGCUUGGCUUGCGUCCAACGGGCUGACAAGCAAACCGGUCACCAACGCUGGCGACAUCAUCGAGAUCACGCUGCCUGUGAGCCAGGCCAACAGCCUCCUCGCCGCGAACUUCACCUCGUUCACGCAUCUUCCGUCCGGGGAACUGAGCGUCCGCACGCUCAAGUACUCGGUGCCCGCUGUGCUGUCGAGCCAGAUCAAGUACAUCCACCCGACCGUCGCGUUCGUGCCCCCGAUGAAGAACACACCCGAACUGGCUCCGGUCAAGCUGUCGCCCAAGAGCAGCAAGCGCGAAGUUGUGGAGGUUCCGACAAAACGUGCCACCGCACCAGCGUCCUGUGCCACCGCUGUCACUCCGGCCUGUCUGAUCGACUUCUAUGGCUUCCCGCUGGCACACGCAAACCACUCGGCCGUCAACAACACAUUGGGUGUUGCUGGCUAUAUCCUCUAGCAAUACGCCAACCAUGUCGAUCUUGACAACUUUCUGUCCCUCCUCCGUCCCGACCAAAUCGGCGCCAACUUCAGCCUCCUCACCAUCGACGGUGGAAUCAACGACCAGGACAUCAACAAUGGCGGCAUCGAAGCGGACUUGGAUAUCGAGAUGGCUGUCGGAAUGGCCGCCGGUGUUCCGGUCACUUUCAUCUCGGUUGGGAACGACUUUGUGGACAAUGUCAACGGGUUCAUCGACAUCGUCAACGAGAUCUUGUCGCUCCCGGCUGAGACCAGACCCACAGUUCUGACCACCAGCUAUGGGUUCAACGAACCGGAUCUGCCAGCUGAGCUGUCUAUUGGCAUGUGCGACGCUUACAUGCAACUCGGUGCCGCUGGAAUCUCCGUGUUCUUUGCCUCGGGCGACGGCGGCGUCAGCGGAAUCCAGUCUCAAUCCUGCACGACCUUCAUUCCCACCGCUCCCUCCGGCUGUCCUUUCGUGACUUCCGUCGGAGGCUCCACCGGCCUCCAGCCUCAGGUCGCAGCCUCUCUGAGUGGCGGUGGAUUCUCCAACGUCUUCCCGGUACCAGACUACCAGCUCAGCGUGGUCAGCUCCUACAUCUCAUCCAUCGGCACCCAAUACGCAGGAUUGUACAACACCUCAGGCCGUGGCAUUCCGGACAUUGCUGCUCAGGCAGAAUCCGUCGAAAUUGGCUGGGCUGCUAGUUCUGGCUUGUCAGCGGAACGUCCUGCGCGACGCCCAUCUUUGCUAGCAUGGUCUCGCUCGUCAACGAUCGCCUCAUCGCCGCAGGCCGACCUGUGCUCGGUUUCCUGAACCCAUUCUUGUACAGCCCGGCCGGCAGAGCUGCCUUCACAGACGUCACUUCCGGCACCAACCCCGGAUGCGGACAUCCGGAUUCUCGGCCUCGGUGGGAUGGGAUCCGCUCACCGGUCUUGGGACACCUAACUUUGACUUGUUCCUCGCUGCGGUGGGAUUGUAGAGGAUCUGUAAUGUAUAGUCGUGCAAUGGGAAACUUGAUCCAUAGGCAUGUAAGAUUGGAAG